AAGGCAAUAAGCCCCAAGAAAAUUCCCCAAAAUAGACUCAGACUAAAACGCAGACUUCGGCUCAGACCCAGAUCCCGACUCAUGUUGUUGUGCCCCGAUCUUGGCCAGCUGCCGACGGCAGCGGCCUCCGUCAACAUGCCGCGGCAAAGGCAUCGCACCAGUGCCACAAGGAUACGCAAGAGACGCUGCUGCUGUGGCAACCAGCCAGCGCCGGAGGAGCCACAGCCGCCACUACAGCCACAGACACAGCCACAGCGAAGCACAACGAUUCCUCAGGGCAAUAGUCUAGGCUGGAGCCUGGCAAGGGUGACGGCUACGGUUCUGACCACCGCGGCCCUGCUGCACACAACGAGCGCACUGUCCGGACCGGUCGCCGAUACAGAGCCCGUUGCACUGCCACUGCAGGGAACUUCCACACCCACAGUCCCACCUGCACAGCACGUACUGAACGCCACACAGCUGGCGGCCACGCUUUUCAACGAGAGCAGUGGCCUGCUGGAGGCCGGCUCCUCUUUGGCCACAUUAGCCGAGGACGAGGACUGGCUCGACAGUGUCUUCUGGCUGUUCAAGGCAUUCGUCAUGCUGCUGAUCAUCAUAGCGGCCAUAUGCGGCAAUCUGCUUGUUAUUAUUUCUGUGAUGCGUGUUAGAAAAUUAAGAGUUAUAACGAAUUACUUUGUAGUUUCCUUAGCCAUGGCUGAUAUAAUGGUCGCUAUUAUGGCCAUGACAUUUAACUUUAGUGUGCAAGUAACUGGGCGCUGGAACUUCAGCCCCUUCCUGUGCGAUUUGUGGAACAGUCUCGAUGUGUACUUCUCGACAGCGAGUAUUUUGCAUUUAUGCUGCAUAUCUGUGGAUAGAUACUAUGCGAUUGUUAAGCCGCUCAAGUAUCCGAUUAGCAUGACGAAACGCGUGGUGGGCAUUAUGCUGCUGAACACGUGGAUAUCACCGGCCCUGCUCUCGUUCCUGCCCAUCUUCAUUGGCUGGUACACGACCGACGAGCACAAGGUGUUCGUCAAGGAGAAUCCGGAGCAGUGUGCAUUUGUGGUUAACAAGUACUAUGCCAUCAUCUCGAGUUCAAUUUCGUUCUGGAUACCGUGUACCAUCAUGAUUUUCACCUACCUGGCCAUCUUCCGGGAGGCCAAUCGACAGGAGAAACAGUUGAUGAUGCGCCACGGCAAUGCCAUGUUGAUGCACCGCCCAUCGAUGCAGCCCUCAGGUGAGGCAAUGAGUGGCUCGGGCUCGUCGAAAACAUUGACACUGCAUGAGGUCGAGCAGGAGCACACCCCCACUAAGGACAAGCACUUAAUCAAAAUGAAGCGGGAGCACAAGGCCGCACGCACGCUGGGCAUCAUCAUGGGCACCUUCAUCCUCUGCUGGCUGCCAUUCUUCCUGUGGUACACGCUCUCCAUGACCUGCGGCCCCUGCCAGGUGCCGGAUAUCGUGGUGUCCAUACUCUUCUGGAUCGGCUACUUCAACUCCACGCUGAACCCGCUCAUCUACGCUUACUUCAAUCGCGACUUCCGAGAGGCUUUCCGCAACACGCUCCUGUGUCUGUUCUGCAACUGGUGGAAGGACCGCCACAUGCCCCUGGACAUCGACAUUCGGCGCUCGAGCCUGCGCUACGAUCAGCGGGCCAAGAGCGUCUACUCGGAGAGUUACCUCAACUCGACCACGCCCUCGCAUCGCCGCCAGUCCCAGAUGGUUGACAACUUAUAAUACAGGAACGAGGCGCUCCUGACGCCGAUUGCCCAGCAGCAGCAGCGGCUGGCAGCGAGCGACUCCCGCCUGGCGGUCACAGGAGGCACUGCAGCAGCUUCAGUCGGAGCAGGGGCCGGUCUACGACCAGGCACCGGCUCCGGCUCCGGCGCCAGGCCCACUCUCGAUAGUAAGGGGGACGAUGUGCAGGAGAUACAGAUCGAAAUACCCAUGGAGUACAUCAACAAAUGGAACAAAAACAACAAUGCAGCUGCCUCGACGGCCUCCAGCCACGUUUAAGGGGUGUGUGCGGAUGUGCGGAAGGGACGAGAAUGGGUGGACAGGAAUCCAUUUAAUGCAAUUAAAAUUUUCCAUUAAUUUGCAAAAUUAAUAUGCGCUGGCGCUGGUUGAUUUACUCGUAAUGUUGACAUUAAUCAAUCAUGCGCUGGAGCGUGCUAUUUAAUUUUGUACCCUACUCCUGAACCCCACUGUGCGCACACCACAGUGCACUCCAUAAAUUGUUUUCCAUUCUGCGUCUCCGAGAACAGAGCUGUAGGACAAUUUAUUUAUGUUUGAUUUCGUGUCGGUUAAAUCUUGUUGUAAAUACUAAAUAUUUUUGUACGACUAAAUUAAGUGAAGGUUGUAAAAUCAUUUCUAGCAGAAAUUUGUUAAAAAUUACAAGAAAAAUCUAUUCAAAUGGCAAUCACUGCAACACACAGAGCUAUACUCGUAGGUCCACAUCCAGAACCGAAUACGAACACUAAACUAGAAGAGCUAAUGCUAAAACUGUGCCAAUUAACAGACCGCAAAACAUAGACGUCUAUGGGAGAGGAGACAUCUAUCCUACAUAUGUAUAUUGUAUAUGUAUUAAGGUAUUUUCCAUUCACCAUACAAAAACUGCAAUUAAAUUCAGAGAAACCAAACAAAGUCAUGGAAGCAAAAGCAAAGCUAGAACCCAUUAACGACAAUCGCAUUAAUUGAAAAUGCUCAAAAAGAUUCGAAAAUAUUCAAUAAAUUAAACAAAAGAAAUACCUACAUAUAAAUUAAGCAUAGCGAAAAAAUAUCUAGUUGUAUCAGACAUUUCUAGCAUUACCAAGUGGCAGUCGAAAUCAAAAGUAACCUCUAGUGAGACCCAACAUAAGAUUAACCAACAUAUAGUCAAGUGCAUCGAUAUCAGAUUAUGGGACUAAAACCGAAUUAAGUGUAUCCGUAGUUCGUAUCCGUUUCCGCUUCCAAGUGUUGAAUUUGAAUGUGAAUAAUCGGGACGAAAUAAGUGCGUGUUCCUGAGAGUGUGACGACGAAUCAGAGGCAAUUGCGUUGCAGUUCCUGGAAUUAAGUUGACUGUGUAGCCUGGGAAGGCAAGGCUUGAGCACUGCUUCUGAAGUCAGCAACUUGAUUCCAGCAAUUGCGGCCCAAACACAACGCUGAGUAGUGUUCAAAAUACAUACAAUACAUAUAAUCCACCACGUUCCACCAACCAAAAACAACCGGAACCGUUACAAAAUUUCGACUAUGAAAUGCAAUUGAAAUGCAAAUGAGGCAAAUGAGGCAAAUAAAGCAGACAAAGAAAGCAUUUUUGCGUACUACUUUGUGUACUCCAUAACGAGUCCAUAAAAUUAUUAUAGCAACAGUUUGGAAAACUUACCUAUUUAUGAUUUACCCUCGAUGCGCCACAGAGCGGAAGGCCAAGAGCAUUUCUCAAGUUGAGCCAAAACGACAAAGAAAUAAGAAAAAACAGAGGAAAUCCGUUUAUAUGGAGAACAACAAAUCUCUUCCAAGUUGUCAGCAACUAGAACAUUUUCUUAAUAAUUUGCGAUGCUAGUCCCAGAAAAGAAAAAAUACAAUUUAAAUAAAGUAAAAUGAAAGGAGAUAGAGCCAAAGCUCGCUAUGUACUAUAUGUAGGGUGUAUGAAUAAAUAUACGUCUAUAUAAAUGUUAUAUAUCAUAGUAAGUAUUUAUUUUAUGCGUAUGUAUGUAUGUAUGACUUUCCUUAAGAAGACAAAGAGAAGGCAACCCUCUC